ACGUACAUAGGGAUUCCCAGGGACCAGGGAAUUGAAACAAGUAUGCUAGAGCAGUGCAGAAAGGAAGUCUUGGACAAGGACGAUGUCUUUCAUACUGACUUUCUUCGGUGCAUCGUGCUUGGUGGCGUUUGUUCAGAUAAUGUCCAUUUGGAGCCUGAUGUGAUAAGCCUCUUUGAGAGAUGGAACACCCUCAAAGUGGUUUUAUAUAAGCAUGACCUGGGUAUUGCAACCGGACCAUACUGUCUCGUUAAAGGCAAUUAUUACUCGGUGUUUAAGGCCUACCCUGACACUCAACUUGCAUUUGUGCAGGCUCUGUGGCCUUCCCUACAUAAGGACGGUCGAUUCGUUGAGGUUAACGCGGCUGGGAGUCCUUAUCGAGCGCAUAAGAUUGCUGUCCCCGCAAGAUCCUAUUUCACGUCAUCAAAAGAUACUACCAAACUCCUUAAAGGGUUGAGGGUCGCUGUUAAGGACAACUAUCACGUUAGUGGUACUUGUACGACGCUUGGGAACCGUGCGUAUUUUGAGACAUAUCCCAUCGAGCAAAAUAACGCAGAUACCAUAUCUUUGUUGCUAGCAGCGGGCGCUACUAUAGUUGGAAAGACCCAUCUUAGUUCCUUUGCCAUGAUGGAACAUCCGACUCAAAGUGUGGACUACCAAGCGCCAUUUAAUCCGCGAGGAGACGGCUACCUAAUCACAGGAGGCAGCAGUGGUGGAAGUGCUGCUGCAGUUGCAGCCUACCAUUGGAUUGAUUUGUCGAUAUGCAGUGACACUACUGGAAGUGCCCGAAUACCGGCGCUUCAAACUGGGAUCUUCGGGUUCCGCCCCUCAACCGGUUCAAUAUCGGAUGAAGGAUUAGUCAAAGCAUGGGCGGAAUUGGACACACCUGGCUGGCAUGGAAGAGGUCUUGAUAUUUUUCCCGAUGUCUUUCGAGCCUUACAUCCUUCGGGAGAGCAAGACAACAAAGCUUCAAUAGAUGAAGGCGAACUCGUGAUUCUCUAUCCAACAGAUUUUAUGCCUGAAGAUAAUGUUGAACAGCUUCGUGCGAUGGAAAAUUUCCUUGAUGAUGUAUGUAAAGCGACCGGAUGUUCGUAUCGUAUCAUCUCCAUCGAAAGUGAUUGGCGCGAGACAGCACCUGUGGACGAGAAAGAUUUACACCAAUAUCUUUACAACCUAAUGCGCCAUGGGUGGUAUUAUGCAGCUUAUCACUCGUUCGGUAAAUUUAGAGCUCGAUAUCAUGAGCUUCAUGGCCAUCCACCCUUUGUGACGGAGGUUGUAAGAAAAUACUGGUAUGCGUAUUGACUUUCCGAUAUCUUAUGGUCAUUCUACUCACCACCUUUUUAAUUACGAAAAGGGACCUGGGUAGCGAAGUCACCAUGGAACAGCAUAAUGAGAUAUUGAAACGCAUGUCCAUCUUUCGGACUUGGUUUUUAGAGCAAUAUGCAUCGUCCUGUCAAAUGCUCAUGGCAAUUCAUACUGAUAAUAUCAAACCAAGAUAUCGAGAUGAAUACCCUGGGAAUAGCAGUCCGGAGGUUCCGGGUCUUCCACCAACGUAUAUCGCUCCCAUUCUUGGGGCACCUGAAUUGACCAUUCCAAUAUCUCAAACCGGAUACGAAUCUCGGAUCACUGGAAAGGUGGAAAAAAUGCCGAUAGUUGUCUCCCUUAUGGGAGCCCCAGGAAGCGAUUUGAGGCUCCUUGAAUGGGCCGUGGCAGCAUUACACAGGUCUAAACGCAGCACAGAAGUUCUUCCUGGUAAGGUAGCGUUUAAAAAAAUGUCUUGACUGUUCCAUCUCUUGGCAUUGUGUUAUUGGAUAAAAUGCACAUUCGUCCAAAUCACAAUUAUCCCUGUGAUAGUUUUUGCCUACUUAUGAAAA